GUUUUUCGAAUUACUCCAUCUAUUCCGUUCACGCAUGUACUAUUUGAUACUUAUGUAAUUGAAUAUUCAUGUAUCGUGUAUCAAGUGUCAAUGAAUUCUUCCGCGUUAUGAAUUAGUGAGGCUUUUUCAAAGAUAUUCCACGAAUGUAUUAACAUCCUGCAAGUCCUGUAUUAACAUUCUGCAUCGCAACAGUACAUUCUCGAAUUCUCCAUCGUUUUUGUAUAUCGCAGGAAGGAAGAGGAAUGAUAAAUGAUUUCACGAAAAUUGCGAGUAGAGAUAUAUGCAUGGUGACGCGAUUGUAACGUGGUUGAUUAACUGUCUGAUAAACUCGAAGGACGAUUUGCCUUUCUUCUCUGUGAAAACUAAGUCGGAAGAUUCAUAAAUCAGCUUGAUUCAAGAAACUUGAUUCAAUGGUAAUAUGCCGAUGUUAUCAUCAGUCGCCAUUGAGGAUUUUUUCGUCUACGGCCGAUAAUGGUAGUAGCACGUUCGACACAAAUCGAUCAAGGGCCAUACAGUUUCGAGCCGAAUUCAUCUGUCGAGGAUCAACUGUCAUAAAAGUGAAUUGGCAAAUUGAAUAAACAACUAUCGCAAAGAGAUAGAGGGAACAAUUGGAGGGAAGAGUUGAACAUGAAUAAUUCUAUUCUUUUUUAGAAAGAAAAGAGGAAAAAUGGGAAGAAGAAUGGAAUAAAUGGAGAGUGAAAUAGAAAAGAAGAAAAGAUGAUACGCAAAAUGGCAAAAACGAAGGACAACCGAAAAGAGAAGUUAUGAAUGGUAAGACGAGGAUUCGUACCAAGUUUGGUGACGGAGGUCAUCACCGUCACGACGAGGUUAUCGAUGAAUCGAGAAAAGGUGGGGAGAUUUUUGUACGUCGUUGUGAUCGUUGUGAUCGUUCCGCGGAACUCAGUAGAGCGUCGAAAACGCAUCGGAAGUGAUCGAAAGACGACGAAAGAUUCGUCGAACGAGCGAGAAUUCGAAAAUUUCGGUCGAUUCGAAAAAAAAUUUCAAGGUUUUUAAUUUGAGAAAGUCGAUAGACUUUGGUAUAAUUCUUUUAAAAACGACAUUAUGGAGAAGAAAAGUAUUGCGCGGGCGAUUCAAAAAAGCUUGAACGGAGAAACGCGGAGGCGGCGCGUUCGUUGGCUGUAUGGAUUCAUCGCACUGAUCAGCGUCACGAUGUUCAUCCUGUUUUGGUAUACAAACAUAUUUCACGAUACGGUUCUCUCCAAUCUUGAGUUGAGGAAUGGAACUUUGUCCUUUCUGUUCUGGCAAAAGCCGCCUGUUAAUCUUGAAAUCAAGAUCUACGUUUUCAAUUACACGAACGUGCGCGAGUUCGAGAGCGGAAACGCGACUAAAUUGAAGGUAGAGGAGAUUGGACCAUUCAUCUAUCGGGAGAAUUUGAGCAGGGUGAACGUGAAAAUUCAUGAGAAUGGCACGAUCACGUAUCAGGAAAAGAAAACCUAUCAAUGGAUAUCUGGUAAAUCGGAGAAUGAAAAGGUGAUUGUACCUAACGUGAUGUUGAUGUCGACGCUCGCGUUUUCUCGAAAUCUUAGUUACCUGUUGCAAAUCGGAUUGACCAUGUUCCUCUCGAGAAUACGUGCAGAACCCUUCCUCGAAUUGUCGGUCGGUCAAUACCUCUGGGGUUAUGAGGACGAAUUGUACGAAGUGGCCAAACGAUUCUCAUCGUUACGCUCGGCUUUUACUCUGGAUAAAUUUGGACUUCUCGCCUUCAAUAACGGUUCGAGUCCGGAUCGCAUCACGAUACACUCACGAACUGAUAAUCUUGGGAUAAUCGAGCGAAUCAACGGGAUUGAAAAUCAUCAGAUUUGGGGAGAUGAAAAAUGCGAUCGAAUCUAUGGUACAGAUGGCAGUAUGUUUCCACCACAUUGGAUCAAGCCGAAUAAAACGCUCUUCAUUUAUGCGAAAGAUUUCUGCACGAAAAUGCCUUUUCAUUACGAUCAUCGUAAUUUUUCUAACGGCAUACCCAUCUUGAGGUACAAAUUACCGAGCAACGUUUUUACGUCGACUCGCAACAAAGACUCGUGUUUUUGCCCGAAGGAGUCGCACGAUUCAACCAUCAGAACAUGUCCCCCAACCGGAACGCUCAACGUUUCUGCCUGCAACUUUGGGACACCGAUGAUCGCUUCCUUCCCUCAUUUCUACACGGGUAAUGAAUCGUUGUUCGAAAAAAUCGUCGGGCUGGAACCUCGACAAGAACGUCACGAAAGUUACAUCGAUCUUCAUCCGCGUUUAGGCAUCACGGUGAAUAUGAACAUGAGAAUGCAAAUGAACGUAGAGGUACGAAAAGCGAUCGGCAUUCCUUUCUCCGGAAAUCUCGAAGAUGGAUUGAUUCUACCGUUGAUAUGGCUCGAUACCGGAAUAGGCGAAAUGUCCGAGUCGCUUCGACAGAUUUUGUAUCGAAGUCACUAUUUGAUGAAUGCCAUCGAAGCCGUUCUUCAAUGGUGUAGUCUGAUCGGCGUGAUCAUCUCGUUCAGCGCUCUUUUCGCCACGAUGAAGAAAGAAAGAUCGAGACAAAAGAAAGAAUCGAUCGAGACGAAACUGGACUCGAAACUCGAUCGACCGGUCCCAGAAUGGACUGAAACUGAACUCAAUCGAUUGUAACGGGACAAUCGACGUGGACGACGAUAUUAUGCAUCGCGUGUUUAACGAAUUCACCGAGAAUACGGUAUCAACGACCUAAUUUAUUGUUAAUUCCUUUACUUGGCCAAUUGAUUCCUUUUCUCGAUGCUCAUCACGCUCUGAAUAACUUGGAAGAGAAAAAAAAGUCGAUCACGCCACUUUAUACGCGAUCAAUCGAUCAUACGACUAUCGUUACAGACUUAUCCCCUCUGUCGAAUGUCGUGUAUGCUCGCUUCAAUUGUAUCGCGAUAACGGUAUAGUACAAGAUAUUCCUUCGAGUAAAACCACGUUCGCGUGAAAAAUAAUAAGUUAAUACGACGCAAAAUUAACAUUGCAGCCAUGCGUAUGUUAUAAGAUGUUUUUCUACGAUUUUUUUUAUAUUUAUAUAUCUGCAUCGAUAACCUAUGUCAUAUCGACAAACAAGUUUGAAAAACAAAGAUGAACAACUCAUUCGUUCACACGUACACCGGCACAUGGUGAUUUCCGGUACAUGGUGAAAUUAACUAGCGAACACUCUCAUCGUACAUAAUUUUAUUAUUAAAUUGUCACGACAUCGUUUGAAAUUGUCUCGAAUCCGAAUCCGGAUUUCAAAA